GGGGCGACACGCCGCGCUGCAAGAGCUCCCAAACCAACGUCCCGGUCUCUCUUCUAAGGCGCUGAUUGGCUGGCUCCUCGGCCGAUCACGUGACGCGUCUGGCCCGCGGCGCUGUAGCCUCUGCGGGAGGAGACGGGGACUGUGGGGAAUUUUGAAGAGAGGGCUAAUGGGAGUUUCUGCUGUCCGGGGAUGGAGGCGACCGGACAGCAGGAUCCCCCAGGCCAGAGGACAGAGGUUGAUGCACCUUCUGCAACUGGACAGGGAGAUGUGGUGAAGAGGAAACCUGUAAAAGACAUAGGAGAUAGUGUUGCAGAGGACAAUGAAGACAUUCUUGAGGACAUCAGAGAUCUGGAGUUAGAUGCUGAAGACUUGGAGGGCUACAGUGUGCCCGCAGAUAUAGCUUUUCCUGAGAAGAAUCCAGUAUCCAAUUAUGAGGCAGAAGACUGGGAUAAAGAACUGGCAGAGAUCGAAUACAAUAACAAUCCUUAUGAUACUGAUGAUGUGAUCUUCUGUGGUAGUGUGCAAGACCAGAAUCCAGUGGCAUUAUGUUCUGUUCAAGAAGAGCCUCUGUAUGACCCAAGCUCGCACCAUGUAGCACCAGUGACUGUGAGGCGCCAAAAGACCAAACCAGUGAAUGGCCAAUUUGAUGAUGCUGUUGACUGAACUACUGUGAACACUGUAGUGGAAAUUUAUUUCUCAUGGUACUGACCUGUGAACAAUGGGUUGGAUCCCACAGCUCACCAGUGGAAAUUGCUGAUGGCUGCAGGCUCUUCCCUAGCAGAGAUUUCUGACCUUGGGAAAAUUUAUUCCAGGGGAUUCAGGACUCUCAAUGAGUAAUAAGCUAUUAUUGCACAAGGGUCCUGUAGCCCUCAGCAAUAAACUUUUCCUGGGUUCAGAAAUGGCUGCUGGUGGGAGUGGGAGACCCAGGAAUACUGGGGAUCUUUGUGCUGGAUCCAGUAAGCACCAUUUAUGCUUCAAGCUGGAGCUGCCGUGUAUUAUUUUAAAGCAAUUGCAUAUUGCGCUGUUGGAAAGCAGAGAAAGAGAACAGGUGUUGGAUCCAUGGCAAAAAAUAGCACUGUUUGAUUUAAUGUAAACUGUUCUGGAAAUGAUUUGAGUUUUAUUUCAAUGUCAUCAGUCUGGUUACUGAGGUCUGCCAGUUAUACCAUGCCAUCCUCAGCAGAGUUAAACCCUUCUAAGCCCAUGCAUUGAAAUUAAUUUAGAAAGAUGUAACUCUGCUGAGGAUGGCACUGUUACUCUCCCAUGUCGUCUUUUUUAUUUGACAAGGCUGCACUGAUCUAAUUGUUAGUAUUUCUGUCCAUGUUAUAAAUUCUUUGCUAUCAUUUAGCUAUAUAUUUAUUUGAAAUUGAAGACCUAGCAGCAUGCUGGAGGAGUGUGUUAUGGCACCUUGUCCCCUGAAGAAUACAGGCUGUUUGCUUUUUAGAUGUUGUAUAUAUAUUUCAUUUAACAUGCUUUAUAAAUUUGAGAAAUGGCUAACUCA